UCUCAUUUUUAAAAAACUAAAAACAAUUUUUUAUUUCAAAAAUCUAAACUACAACUCAUAUUAGUUUUAUAAAUAUUAUAAUAGAUAUCUUGUUUUAUGUAAUUUUAUAUUAUAAAUUAAAUAUCCAGUAUGGCUAAUCCACCGAGUAAACCACCUAGAGGUGUUAAAACUCAAAAAGAAACUAGUGGAUUAUUAAUGACCAUGAUCCGUGCGUUGUCUGCCACUGAAUCAAAUGAACACCGUGAAAUUGAAAAGACAGCUUUGGAACGAGAAUACAAACGAUGUGACCAAAAAUUGGAAGAAUUAAUCUCUAUGGAACAUCAAAAUCUUGCACGAGUAAUGCAAUUAUUCACUUCUGUGUCAAGUGCAAUAAAUAUUUCUAGGGAAAAAGUUCAAGCAGCUAAACAAAAAUUAGUCGCAUGUAAAAGCUUAUUGCGUUGUAGACGUGAUGAGUUAAGAAAAUUUUAUGUUGAAAGUAUUGAGCAGCAUCAUAUGCUUACACUUCUGUCCCAAAUUGAACAAAUUAAAGAAGUACCAUCUCAACUAAACAUGUUAGACACAAAAAAUCAAUACAUACAGUGCACUAAGUUAUUAAUGGAAACUUUAAAAAUAAGUAAUAAUGAUUUGAAGAAUAUUGAUGCUUUAAAUGAGUUAAGAAAAGAAUUAAGUUUCAAAAAACAGACUUUUUAUAAUAAAUUGCUGGAUGAAUUGAUAAAUCAUAUUUAUGUUAUUUCGCCACAAGCGGCAAAACCAUUUCGUCGUAUUGGAUCUGAUGGACAUAACUCUUCAUUUGGACAAAAUACACGGCGAUCGUUUAAAUAUAAUAUGGCCACAGUCACAACAAAGGAUAUUUUAAAUGAAACGAAUGACAAUGAAAUUGUGGAGUUUGAUACUGAAACAUUUAUUCCAAUAGCAGUAGAAUGUUUUGCUCUACUCUUAAAACUUAAUGACGCUAUUGAAAAAUUGAAAUCUACAAUGCAGACCCAACUAGUAGAGAUUGUGGAAAAAACUACUAAACAACUAUCCAUGAUAAAUCAUACUAAAAACUCAAAAGAUCAACUAGUGGCAUUAAUAAAUGGAGUUAUUUUACAAUUUUAUUCAGUAGUUGAUGCACAUCAAUUGUUUUUAACAAGCUUGGAAAAGGUUGAUCAGAAACUAUUACUAAAUGUAAAUAAAUAUGAUCUUAAAUAUGUUUGGGAGAGCAUCGAGUCUAUUGUACAAAUGUUUUUAAGCAACUACUUGGAUGUUAAUAGUCAUUCAGAUCUAGUAGUGACAUCAGCACCAAUUUUUAGUAAUAUAGAUUUAAAUGUUUUUUUUUCAAAAAGGAAACCUCAAAGGCCAAAACAAAGCCUUUUCAAGUUUUCAAAUGCUUUGGAAUGUUCUACAGAUAUAUUAGAUAGGCCUUUUACCAGUUUAUCUCAACCACAAUCAAUGAUAUGUACUCCCAGCUCAGAUAACAUUGUACACAUUUAUGAACCUCUGACAAUGUUCAUUCAACAAAUUGAACAAUCAGUAAAUACGGAUUCAUGUUCAUUGAGUUUAUGGUUAAAUGAGUACAUAAGGACUGUUUUUCUUGAUCGACAACACAGUAAAGUAGCUACUACUAUUGAAUCUAUUACAAAACAAGCAGAUGCUUGGCAUCAAAUAACAACACCCGAACAAAUGCAAGAACUUCACUCUAAAAAACCAUUAUUGUCUAGUACAGUUAAUGUGUGGGAUAAUAUUUGCGAAAUAAAAAAAUUAGUUAUUACUAUGCCAGAGUAUGCAUCACAUUUUCUUAUGGUUAUGGUUAGUGUUAGUAGAAGCUAUAAAGAAACUUGUGAUAGCUUGUUUACUUCAAUUGUAAAAUCGAAUGAUAAUACUACAAAAUUAGUUAGUAAUUUGUGGAUACAAAAAAAUGAUUUAGUUAAUUAUCUUAAAGAAUCUCAUAAUUGGGUACGGAAAGACAUAGAGAAUAAGGUUAAAAAGAGUUCAAUUGAAGAACUGAAACGUUUCUCUCUUGAAGCUGAUAUACUAUUUGGUAACUUAGAAGGUAAUGAUUUUAAGGUAUCGGGUGUUUCUGACAUCAAUCAGCUUCGAUGUUUAGCACACCUCUCAGAGAGCAUGGAAUGGUUUUCAAAAAGAUUGAAUGAGAUUUCUGGUCCCGACUCUAGCCAAUAUUUAGUUCCUAAAAUCAAAUCUCCCAACACAGAUAACAAUAAUUUACCAUUGUCCCUUAUUGAAACUCUUCAACAAUUGAGUAAUGACUAUCUAGAUAUAUCAGACAAUAUUCUUUUGUAUCUGUUCUUAGAGAUUCGAGCUCAAUGUAUAUUUUACUUAUUACCCAGUUUUGAAUCUGCGGUUGGGAAUUCUGCAGAACCAAAAGUUUUGGACCUUAAUCAGUCUAUAUCAGCUUUACAUGAAGCCAUGUUAAAUGCAAUGUCAAGUAGAAAAACCAAAUAUAUAUUUGAAGGACUCGGAGAAGUUAUGGCUAAAGGUUUAGUAAAUCAAACACGUAAUAUAGAAACUGUUGAUGAGGUGAUUAUUCGAAAAAUGGUACGCGAUGUCACAAUGCUUAAGUAUAACUUAGCUGCCAUGUUAGGUGCUUCACAAGGUGUUUUAGAAAAAACUGUUCGCUAUUAUGAGUUACUGCUCUGCACACCAAAAGAUAUUCUAGAAGAAAUAUUAGAAAAAGGAGCUAUAUUCAGUGAACUUGAAUAUAUGAAUUUAUUACAAAUUGUGCAUAGAAGUAAAAAUAAUUUUGAAGAUAAAAAUAAUUUACAGAGCGAUUUACAAAGGUUAUCAGAUAUAUUAUCACAAACUAAACAUAUUCAUUUAUAAUACAUUUAAACUGUAAAUAAUUUUAUGUUAAAUUUUAGUAUUAUAAUUUAUAAUAUACCUAAUUGUAUUGCCAAGAGAAGAUAACUAGAUAUC